CCCGACCGACCGGUGCUCCUGACAACGUAUAUUAGUUCAGUGCCUGUGGCGACCCCAAACAGGCAUCAUUGUCCUACUCGCCACACCGCCUCACAAGCGUCCGCGUCCCCUUUCACCGCAGGACAAAGCCGAUCGCCACAGCCCUACUAGUAUUCCUUGCAUAAAAGGCCAUGCGCCCGCGCUCCCCCGGGCCCAUCUCCGCACCCCCCUCCGCCCAGGCCCGCCUCAAGUCCGCGAACGCGAUCAAAGCGAUGCUCCGCGACUCUCUGAACCUCCUGCCACACGAAACCGAACCCGAGCCUGACCGUGACCUCAACCUUGCAAUUGGACAGGAGACGAUGCCCUGCCCAGCGUCCCCGCGGAACGCAAGACCCGGCGAAGACGAGGCCCAUCUGUGGCCCUGGCCCGAAGACGGCUGCGACAGGAUCCAGAAUGCCGCGGAUCUCGGCGUGGAUACGUGGGUGGAAGAAGUCGAAGAUGAACUUGACGAGAACAUGAACGUCGGAGGUGGACUCGAAGACGGGUACGCGCGCAAGCGAUGUAACUCGGCGGCGUCCGUGGCCACUGUCCGGGAAGGCUCGCGCAAGUCGGAUACGAACGCCGCAGUGCUGGGCAAGGGGAGCAAGAAGAUCACCGUCAAGCCCCGCACGGUGUCUGCGAAACGCAAGGGCCUCAAGCGAUCUCAUGCCUCUCGGAACCUCAAGCUCGACCUAGACAUGGACGACAGCCGUAGCUCAACCUCAAUGGAAGGUGCCUUAUAUACACUUGAGGACGACGGGUUCGACGACGUAUUCCCGCACAGAACAGAGAACUGCGGCGCGUCCUCGACGUCUGCUGCCUCGCUGCCCACGACCACGCCGGCAAUGCAACAGAUCAUGGAAUUUCUUCAAGACGAAGAGACCGACGAGCACUCUGACUCUGGGUCCAAGUUCUCGGCGCUCCUGAAUCGCGAGAUGAGGCCACACGAACGGUUCGAGAUAUCCAUCAAGCUCAAAACCAAACACAUCGUCAUGUGGGACGUGAACCUAGACCACACCUACGCCCUCGAAGGGCUCGUGCACGUCAAAGACCUCAAGCCGCACGGCUUCGCACACCCACUCAAGCCCGUCUCCGCCCUCACCAUCAACUGGCAGACCGUCGACGCGCGUGGCGACACCCCCGCCAUCGCGGCCCCCACGCUGUACGAGACAGACUUCCGGGGCGGCGCCGCGCUAAUGAAGCCCGCGCACGUCCUCACCGCGCUGAACCCCGCGCGGGGCAUCCACGCGGAGAUCAGCUGGACGUACCUCCCGCCGGGGGUCCGCGGCGCGGGGCGCGGCGGCGCGUGGGCGUUGAGGUUUUGGGUGCCCGUGCCGAUGUGGCUGUUUAAGGGACGGGAGAUGCUCAGGUCGAUGGUGACUGCGAGUGUGCUGUUCGGGGAGGGCACGCCUGAUGCGUGGACGGGCUACUCGGGGACGAUGGAGGUGACGAUGGAGCAUCUGAGGCGCGGGAGGGAGAUGCGCGUGUGUGGACGGUCGUAGCGGUGCCGCGGGGCGGUAUGUUGUAUUUGUUGCUCUAUCUGGUUGUUCUGGUUGAGGUGUCCCAUUUUCAUCGCAUCGCAUAGGAUUGGAUUGGAUUGUAAUCGUGGUCGCAUAUACGGACGUCUCGUCGUGGUCAUUUUGUAGUGUCUUGCAUGCUCCUAUCAUACUGUACCCACGUCUCUGAUCGUGUAGCAGUGCCCGUCGUGUAUUCUUUGCAGCGUCUUUCAUAUAUAGACUCAU